CCCUUUGUUCCGCGCUCCUUCCCGUUACUCGCGGGAUACCGCCGGUACAGCAACCCGAUCCGCCUCCCCGCCCCCAAGCCGUCGCCCCGGCGGCGGACCCGGCGCCGCUCAGCCCUCCCACCGGGGCCCGCCCCGCCUCCGCCCCCGCCCGGCAGGAAGGCGCCCCCGCCUCUCCCAGCAGCGCCGGAGGGGCGGCCCGGUCCCGCCCGGCCCUCACUCGCUUUCCCGUCGCGGCCGGGACGAACGGACCGCAGCGAGCCGGCGGCCAUGGGGCUGCCCGCGGUGCUCUGCGCCCUAGCCGUCCUCAGCUGCUCGCUCUUGCCGCACGCCGCCGUCCGAGCCGACGACAGAUACAAUAGCAGCAGCGCAAGGGGCAGAACUUUUCUGAUACCUGACCGUGGUGAACCUAUACCUAUGGAAGACAUUGAAAGCAGUGCUGAAAAUGACUCUGAGGUUGGAUUAGGAUCCGCCAAUCAGACUAGAUCAUCUCCACAUGAACAACGAACAGUGUCAGUGGAAACAGCGAGAUACCUCACUAGUUCGUGGCUGACCCGUUUUGUUCCUUUGGUUUACACGUUAGUGGUUGUGCUUAGCCUCCCUCUGAACGUUACGGCCAUAUUCGUGUUUCUGAAAAAAAUGAAAAUCGAAAAGCCAGCCGUAGUAUACAUGCUGAAUUUGGCUCUUGCGGAUGUACUGUUUGUAAGUGUGCUCCCUUUCAAGAUUGCUUACCGUUUCUCUGGAAAUAACUGGGUAUUUGGACCUCAGAUGUGCCGCUUCGUCACUGCUGCUUUCUACUGUAACAUGUACUGUUCAAUAAUGCUGAUGACAAGCAUAAGCUUCGAUCGCUUCUUAGCAGUGGUGUACCCCAUGCAGGCUCUUGGCUGGCGUACAUUAACACGUGCCUCAGUGAUUUGUUUCAUCAUAUGGCUUGUAGCAAUAACCGGUGUUGUACCUUUUCUCAUCAGAGAGCAAACUAUGGAAAUACCCAAGUUAAAUAUAACAACCUGCCAUGAUGUGCUAUGGGAAUCUGAACUUCACAGCUAUUACUUACACUUUUUCUCCAUCUUCUCAUCUGUUUUCUUUGUAGUGCCAUUUAUAAUAUCUACCAUCUGUUAUGUGUGUAUCAUUCGAUGUCUGAGUUCUUCUAGUAUUGUUGCAAGACAAAAUAAGAAGACACGUGCCUUGCUCUUGUGUGUGGCUGUUUUUUCAGUUUUUGUCAUUUGUUUUGGGCCAACAAAUGUCCUGCUAUUAAUUCAUUAUAUCUAUUUUUCAUAUGACAACAGUUUAGAGUAUCUCUACUUUGCCUAUCUACUGUGUGUAUGUAUCAGCAGUGUUAGCUGUUGCAUUGAUCCCUUUAUUUACUACUAUGCUUCUUCUCAGUAUCAGAGACAACUGUUUAGUCUCUUGAGUUGUAAAGAGACUUUAGAUCCUAACAGCAGUAACAGCAGUGGCCAAUCAAUGUCUACCACUAGCAGAAGGGGCACGUGCUCUACUAAUGUAAAUAACAGUGUCUACAGCAAAUUACUAGCAAUACAAUGAGAUCACAUGUCUUACACGUGCUUAAUUUGUAUACAGGUUCAGUCAAAUAAGAAGAUAUUAUAUCCAAGAAAUGCAGAAGCUUAUACGAAGUUGUGCAACAUAUAGUUUCAUUAUAGUAAUGUACUAGCCAAAUUA